AUGUCCGAACACGAUCGCCGCUCACAGAGCCGCGACACCUUCAUGAUGUCCGGCGCCAGAGCUGACGAUGAGACGCUCGGCCAAGAAAUGGACGACAACGCCGAGCCUACCACUCAUAUCUUUCAAUCCAUCGAGAAUGGCCCCACUGAUCCAGCCAACAACUUGGACGGAUACCAUCCCCAAGUCCAGGAGUCCAACCCGAUGCCACCUCCUCGACAGGCCAGAUGUGAUUCAGUCGCGACCAGCAUAACAGAUUGUAAUUCCCCAGACGUCAUUGCAAACCUCUUGGGAUCGCAGCUGGGCAAUGGCAGAGCAUCCGUUCGGCCCUCACCAAGACCUUCUCCAGUUCCACGUGCGUUGAACUUGGGCAACUCUGUGCUCAACCGGCGCUCCGGCAAGAGCUCUGACGCGAGCUCGCCAGGCGUCGGGUCGUCGAACAGAGACAGGGCAUUGUCCAGGCAGCGCGAACUUGCCAACCGCUUCCAGACUUCUCAUGACGAGCAAGCCGCGAGGAUGACUAGGCCUCUUCCACAAAAUGCGAACAACGUGGGAAUUUCAUCCAGCUUCUCUGAUGCGGUGACGCGCUACGAGUCGGCUGACUUCACCGCCUCUCGUCCGAGCCUGCAGUACAAGCAUCGUAAGGGCAGGCUGAGUCGCGAUGAAGAGCUGCGCUGGAUCCACAUGGAAUCCCAUGGUCGUAUUCAAAAGCAGCAGCGAGGUCGCUCGGUGACGCCUGCUGACGACGAUGACGACGAGGACCAUGAUGCUCGAGCAAAGAUAUUCAGUGACAUGGUGAGGGCCUUCCAAGAGAAGCGGCAAAACAACGAGGCCACGGUGGAGGAUGAGAUCCAGUUCAAUCAUUACCAGCAGAAGGAGAACGAGCGACUCGAACGCCUGAAUGCAGCACAAUCUGGCACCCGUCGCUCGACUCCCAGCAAUGCCAGUGGGUUGUUCGUCGACGGUCAUGCCACUCCACAGCGAGGUUAUCAAGGUUUUCGUGGGGAUAGGUCGAACAUCCCACGAGGCAAGUUUCCUCGCAACAAGUUCGUCAUGAGUUCCAAGAUGGCCCAAAAGAGGGCAAAGAAAGCCGCCAAGGCCGGCCAGAUGCCUAAUAGAGCCAACCCUGGUGCGGCACCCAAGAAGGGCCAUGGCGACGAUGGCCGCGGUCGCAACUUUGAGUUCGGCGACUACUUCCUCAAAGUCACCGCAAACGAAGAUCGUCCAGAUGUCAUCGAGAUGUAUCUCGAUCACGUUGCGAACGAAGUCGCAGUCGAGAUUCAGAAGAAGGGCACGAUGCCAGUCUAUGGCAGUGUACCCCUCAAAGACCGUCUUCGCAAGAUUCGCAAGGCCUGGUACACGAAGACGAAGGACUUCAGUCGGAGGUAUGGGCUGGAACCACCCCCGAAGCGCAACAAGCUCGAUGAAGAGGAUAAGCGCUUCAACCGGAUGAAGUCCAAGAUUUACACCAAGAUGCGUGCCGGCCAGCUGCAAAUCGACGAGGCCAGUCGUUUCGCCGUGGAGGCCAACAUCGAGAUGUGUCGCUGGCGGGCCAAGUAUCAUCAGGCCAUUGGCAACGCCAACGCCCCUUCCAACCUCCCAGACUUGAGCGGUCUUGAUGGCCUCAAGCUGCCAACGACGGAGGAGUUCGACACUGCGUACAAGCCUAAGUACGACAAGAUUUUGGAAUUCUUGGGCCAGAUGUUUGCCGAAUGUCAAGACCGCAUUCGACUGAACCAGGACCGUGUUUUCGGCAUAUUUGCCACGGUCGAGCUUUCCGACACGUACGAUCAGGAGAGCUCUGAUGAUGACGAGGAUGGGGAAGAAGAAGAAGAGAGUGCAGAGGAUGCGGCAAUUGCUGCUGCCCUGGCGGCCGACAAGGCGGAUGCCAGUGCUCAGGCGUCGAGAAGUGCUCAUGCGUCGAGAGAUGCUGCGACGGCCGCAGCUGCUGAGGAUGAUGAGGCACUGCUCCCCGAGAACUUCGUGUAG